UAUAACAGUUUUAUUUUGUGUUUGCUGGGGACUUAUAUGUCUAAGACACGAAAUCGAAAAUGAAUGAAUUUUGUGCUUUUAUCUAUCACGGUUUGCAACUGUGCACGAUUUUGUGCUUGUAAUUCUCGUUCUAAUGGCUGCCUUUUGGCUAAUGCCUGCCGGUUUUGCUCGCUAACUCCUCCACAUCGUCUGUACCACCCGUAGCUUCUUACACCUUCUUGUUACUCGCGUAUUAUAUCAAGCGUAAUUAUUUUAUUGAAUUUCAGCAAGUUUGAGUGCAAGCAACGUAGCCGCAACCUAGUAGUUAACGUUUUAAUCGCUGCCGUUCCGUUCGCUGAUUUCUACAUGCCGAGCAAUAAAUUAUUAUUACAUCGCAGUUGAGGUAUUAACGCGAAAAUUAUGCUGAUGAAAAAAUUCUAUUCUAUAUAAUAGCUUAAAAAACCGACAAGUAAACAGCGAAAAGGAAUGAAUAUAUUGAAUAUAUGAGUAGUUUCACAGAUCGCUUCAACACUAUUUUAGCUAAUGAAAUAACUAUUAAAUGUAAAGAUAUUAAGAAUCAUUUAAUUCUCACAAAAGCAUGACACGAUAGAAAUUGACAAACCAUGUUCCGCGUUUCAAUAUGCAAAUGAGCACAUCAUAAACCGCAAAUUUCAUUUUGCGUAAAACGCUGCCGCGCAAAUACAUAGAAAAACAAGUCUCGUGCAUAAGUACCAUACCCAGCGCAGUUGCUUAUUAUAUUUACCAUAUUAAAGCGCUAAACAUUGCACGGAGGUUACACGUAAACAAAAAGAUAUCAAAUAUAUGCAGGAAGGGAUACACGAGGCGAGGCGACAUGGACAAGAAGACAAGGGUGAGUCUCGAGGGCCGGGACGCCAAUUGAGCACCACUGAGGUCUCGCCGACUCUCCCCCACCCUUUGUCCUGCACCCGCUGCCUGGCGCGUCUCGCUGGCAGUCGACGGCGGGCUCUUGCAGCGUACGCGUUGUGUCGCGCGUGUCGGGCUUUUUCUCUCCCUUUCUCUCCGUCUCUGUUCCGCUCUUCGUACAGUCAUUCGUGCAUCGCUCGUAUCGCCCGACUCUCUUGCAGUGAUUCCGCGACGCACGUCGUCCUGGCGUCGCGAUCCCGCGACGCGACGCGUCGUUCGCGUCGACACGUGUCGGCGCCGUUGAAGGCUCGAUCGGCGUAGAGAACGAUUCGAAUCCGGAGCACGUCUCGGCCGCGCGCUCCGCUCCCGCUCGGUGCGUUUGUUUUGACAUGUGUGUGGGCUGCCAUAUUGGAUUACCGCAUCGCUGCCGCUGCCGCUGCUGCUGCCGUCGCCGUCGUUUCGGGACACCCAGGCCCGAGUCGCGACCGUCGUACUAGAAAAGUUACAGAUUGAACUAUCAACGGACCAAACAUGGAACCUACCACAACAAUUGCGCGGCACAGUUAAGAUCGGGCGGUUGAUGCCUGAUGGCGCGGGCUGGAACGCAACGCUGGAGAAAUCCUGCUCCAGAAGGUGACGAUGUGCAACGAUCGAUCGAGCUGUUGGACAAGGUGCUCUCAGAAUACGACGAGCACGAGGCGGAGGGCGAAGGUGGCGGCGGUGGCGGUGGCGGCGGUGGCGGCUGCAUCGGGGGUGGAAACAGCGGGGGCGUCGGGGAUUGCGGCAGCAGCACGGAGCCGAGUAUUGGCCUCACGCCCGACGACGAGAGUCCGUCCUUAGGACACCAAUCUGAGGACGACGGUUACAUGAGCAUGAAUGGUCGGAAGGCGAAAAUGGCGUUGGUAGCAUUACGUCCGGUUCCGGAUUGUCCGGAGCCACAGGAUCCCGCAGGGGUCUCGACACAGGAAUUCCCGCCACCCCCAGAAGAAGCCGAACGCAUCAUCUCGACUCUUCUGCCGAUGGUUUCUCCGGGAAACUCAUCGAAGAGGAACGUCGUCGGCCAGGCCUCGGAGCGGCGGAAUAACGUCGGGGGCCGGCAACAGUGGAUGGUGGCCGUCGAGGAUAGCAUGCGGCACGGGAACGCCGUUACCACGCAGACCACCCUCCCAAAGACCCGUCAUCAGCGGCCCUAUGGCUGGGAGAAUGGUACGGUGGAGUCGCUACGGCUGGCCCAACUGCCCAGUCCGCCCAGCAAGUUCGCCAGUCUACCAUACGACGGGAAGGUGUCCUUUAACUGGAUCCCACCGCGUACGAACCCGAGCGCGGUGGAGAAGCACCGGGAAGUGCGUCGUCGCUCAUCUGAGGAGUGUCUGGAGGACGUUCAUCAGCAGCAGAGCAGUCCGGAACGGGAUCGCACGUCCCACCUGAGGAAGCAGCAGCGACAGCAGAACGAGAUCAUGAAGUCGAGCAGCGUGGAGGACCGUCUGCUGAUGAACAGAUCCGACAAGGAGCCGUCGGCGCGACGGCGCAACGACUCCGAUUCGAGCGAGGGUCGGUUCUCCAGGAACUCCGAGUCCGAGAGCCGGUCCUCCAUGCCGCGCUCCAGCUCGGUGAGCGUUGAACGGUUCUCCAUGCGCGCCAACUGCGACUCGUCGGACUUCUCGCGCGCCAAUUCCACGUCGAACGAGCGCUUCCACUCGGACUUCUCGAUAGCGGUGGCGAGCGCGAGCUCGAACGACCACGUGUCCGUGCCGACCUCCGAACCGUUCUCCAUACGCAACCUGGACUUCGUCUCGUUCUCGUUGCCGCGCGCGGAUUCCAGCGAGCGCUUCUCCGCGCCCACGUCCGACCGCUGCUCCGAGGAGCGUUACUCCGAUCUGUUUUCCACGCGUAACUCGGACUUCUCGACGCGCAACUCGGCCGACUUUAGGACACAGUCCGAGGAGGAACGAUUCUCGGACGAUUCCCUAGAGGAGCUGCUACCACCACCGCCGCCCAUCAGCAAGAGGCAUUCUAUCGCGUGGGAGGUCUCCCUGGAGGACGAUCCCUUAUACGCGCCCGGUAGCACCAAAGUCGUUGGCAGAAGACGGCGAAAGAGCAGCGACGUCUCAAGCGUGGGUUCCGCAUCGAAGUUGCGCGAUUUCGACGACUGGCAGGAUCAGCGGCUGUCGACGACCGACGACGACUUGAUCUCGCCGUACUCGGACUCGUCCACGAACGAUCUCGACCAGAUACAUCCGCAGGAGCUGACCAAGAACGGCACCUAUGUUAUACGACGCGGUCGGAAGAAGGAACGUAAGGUUCUACCGAAGACACCGACCAAGACAAAGAGUCUAUCCUUCGAAAACGGCGAAGAGAAUCGACUGUCGGACGUGAAGCGCUACUCAAGCACCUUCGACAACAUCAAGAGCCUACUGAAGGAGGGCAAACUCGAGGGCCUGGACGAGCCUCCAGCGGAAUUCGCGAUCCCGGUGCCACCGCCAGAUCUCAUCCGGGUCGUGUCUAUGCCGGCGAUCAACAAUGAGAUGGGCAGCCGAGCUCAACUAGAGAUCACCGUGGAAGAGGAGGAAGCGUCCGACAUCUCUGAUAAGGAUAAGGAACGCGACAAUGUCGAACUACCUCGAUUACCGCCAUCGCCUGUUGAGGAUGAUCGAACGGACUGUCACCUGGGCCAAUCUAGGGACUGCAACGGCGUCCCCAUCUCUACGGUGUCGAUCACGACGGAUCUGAAUACUGGCAAGUUAUCGGCGAACAACGCGCUCGCCGAAUCGCAUGCGUCGAGGAAGAGCGUGAUCUCGACGAGCAACGAGCGACUGACCGCCAAGAUCCCGGUAAACCUGCUGAUCGAGGAUCAGAUCGUGAAGAAGGCGCUGAAGGAGAACCGCCGACAACUGGAGAAGGUGAGCGACGCGAUCAAGGAGAUCGAGAACGUGAAGAACAGCGAGUCCUAUUGCGAGAGCAAGCGCUGGCGCAACGGUGACCUGAAGCAGAAUUCGAAGCGAAACAGCUUCGAGAACGAAGGGCCGAUUCACGACGGACGAAAACCCGUGAUAGUCGACGGCAGUCCCUUCGACAGCAGUAGGACCCGCGGCAGGCAGCAUCACAGCUCCGACUCGGAAACGUCGAAGGCCAGCUCGGACGCGGACUUCUCGGACCGCAGGAAACCGAACGGCGCUGCCGACGUCAUCUACUCGUCCGGCAGGCGAUUGCGUCAGAACGGCAUCGAGAAUCACAAGAACGAUCAGAAGCAGAUCGAGAACGUGAUCGACGCCAUCCUGGAGGAUUCGAAGAAUCCGGAAUUCCAGGUGAGCGUCGAGGUGAUGGAGUUUCCGCCGUUGCCACCUUCACCUGUCGAGGAGGCCGACGAAGAGAGUUGCUCGGACGUCGGCCAGAGUGCUGUGAUGACACCGCCGAAGUCCAAGAGCAACCGGACCAUGGACUACAGGCCAAGGGUGCCGCCCCAUCGCGUUCCGCCGGUCAUUGAUCCUAAGGAGCAGGCCUCUCUGAACACCAGGUCCAUGGACGCUGGUUACUCCAGAGGAAGGCGCACACCAACCACCAAUAAUUCCAGGCGAGAAGUACCUGUCGAGCGGAGGACUCUGCCCACUGAUUUACCGGGACCAUCACGUCGACGACCGUUCACGAAGAGGCACUCACCGUCGGCGGAGGCGUGUUCCUCCGGGGGCAGCAGCGGUGGCGGCGGCACCGGUGGCAGCGUCGCCGCCGGCACCGGUUCCGGGAUGCAGACGUCGUGCUCCUUACCGGAGACCCCGGUGUUCGCCAGGGGUAGCGACAUCCCGAGAACACCGCAGCAUGCCGGUAAUACCACGCAGUCGAGGCGACAACCCGGCUGGUACGCGCCCACCACAGCUACCGGCUAUCGGCGAAAUAAUCCCGGUCUGGAGCAGGCCAUAAUCGGCACCGAGCUUCUACGUUUGGCGGGCGGUCCGAAUCGCGGAUGGUAUCCUACCAGAAAGGCGAAUCAGCCGCGACCGGCGUCGAUCGAGCACCUGGAGCGGCUCAACAACGCCUACGACGCCCGGCUACCGAGCUCCGGAGACCAGAGGAAGCCGCUGACCCUGCCCACGAACAUCACUCCCAACAAAUACUUCGGCCAAAGUAAGCACAGCUCCGCCUCCAGCACUCGCGAGGCGCUACGGAGGGUCACUAGCUUGCUCAUCAAGAAAGGAAGUGGUAGCAAGGAUGGGAAAGGCAGUAAGGACAACAACUCACCUUCUGGUCCUUACGCUGGCGCGGACAGCACCGAGGCUCCCAAAAAGAAAGGUUUCUUCAAGGGUUUCUGGAAGAGGUCGCGCCACUACUCCCUGGAGAACCAAUAGCCCAGGUGUGCGAGGGCGACGAGCCAUCAUCAGCGGAACAGGCAGACGCGGCAGCGGAGCAUCGCCACUACAACCCUCGCGAACAACCCCUGCUGCUGUAUCGUCCAGUAACCUCGAUUUACACAUGUAUCGACCGCGACCCUUACCAACCGGUGUCCCUUCGCUCGCGGCGAUACGUCUCUCCGCAUCCCUCUCUCGCGCGCGUGCGGCAAUCUCGCGCGUUUCGGCAAACUCGCGUCCCGGGUUUCGGUUAAUUAUAUUUAAGCUGGCAUGAACGCGGCCCUUACGUCAGCUGAAUCGAAAUAAUAUCACUACUGAUCUAAUAACUUACGGAAUCGGGACCACCUCCGUGGUUUCCGCUGCGCACGUAAGCGUGAAUCUGCGGAAAGUUACCUCUAAAAUUAUCCUUUCACAUGAUUUCUCCGAAUCGAUUGUAUGCACGGCUAGAUUAUAACGGUAUAAUCCAUUUUUCCUGUGUCUUUAUCCUUGGUUGCAUUAAAACGAGACUUUCUCCCUUUUAUCCUUACAGAAGAUCCAGCCGACAUGAUUUUUCAGGUACACCGCAGAAAGGUGAGUCUUUGCGUGUCAUUUGGUUCUCUUCUGUAAUCUUUAAUCUUUUUAUGUCUCCUGUAUAAAUCUGAUCGUUAUCUCAUACGUCUUACAAGUUUAUUGGAUCGACCGUGGGGAAUUUUCGCAGUGGAAGAUUUCUGGAGAUUUUCCAAGAAUUUCAGAACAUUUACGCAAAUCAGGUCUUACUUAUUUAAUUUUCAUUCAUCAUCUCGAAAAUCUGAUUGCGGUCCCGAAAAAUCGCGUUGCUUCAAAUGCGUCACAAUGCAGCGUCAUAGCAGCGAUGAUAUAGCUGGAAAGAAGCAUCGUCUCAUCAGAUCGAAAUGCUUCUUUCACGCUGUCUGUUACGCCGCGUUAGAUUUUCUCGUCAUGCAUUAUUAUGCGCCUAAGGAGAUCCGCGAUUCGCGCUCGCGAAUAAGAUCGCACGCGCGAACCCGACAACGUAUACUCGCGCUGUCCACGAUCAACGAUGAACAGAUGAACGAACGCUGAUAUUUAAGCACGCCAUUUAAUUAAAGUUUUUUGGAUGGAAUUGUUUCUUACAAUUUUUUUAUAAAAACUGUCAGAGCUUAAUAUAAUUUUUGAUGAAUGAAUCUUUCUUGAAAAACUCGACUUUUAUAGUGCAAGUUUUGUUUUGGGUGGUUCGUCUAGAGUAUUUUAAUUUUUCGAUUUAUUUUUCUUUUGCCGUAGUCAGUAUCGAUCGUGAUCGUCGAGAUCGUAUGAUUUCAUUUCGAAUCUUUGCAUCCUUAUUUUGUAAUCGAGAAACGCACGCUGUGUUUGUAGAGAGUUUGUUGAAAGGAGAGAAAGAAAGAGAGGGAGAGAGAAAAAGAGAGUAAUAAUAAUAAACGAUUCAAUAUACAGAGUAUUCGGGUAUAUAUUUGAGUAUACUCAAUUUAUUAUAUAGGAGACCGGUGUGUGAUAUCGUGAGGCAAAGAAGAAGAUAUAGGGACAAGAGCGAGAGCGCGAGUGUGUGAGAGUGAGAGAGAAAGCGAGGAACGGGCGCGAGUGCGACGAGAUAAAAGAGAAUAUCAUAUGGCGCAUUAUUAUUAAUAUGACUGUAAGUUCAUAGAAUCAUUAACACGUUGUAACGUUAUUAUUAAUGGAACAAUUACGCGCGCGCGCGAGCGCGCGGACGCGACACGUACAUACACGUAUAAACGUAUGCAUAAAGAUACAUGCACACACGUACACAUACUUACAUACGCGUUAACGAUAAUAAGAAUAAUAUUAUUGAUUAAUAUUAUUACCGGUAAUAUACGAAUAACUGAAAUUAUAGCUCAUAAUGUAACGAAGAAAGACGAGAUGAUAAUGAUGGUAACUACGAUCACAUGUAUUUAAUAGAGUUUUUAAGUCAAUGUGUCGCGUUCAUCCCCUCGGAUAUCUGACAAAGACGACCGUCCACCGUAAUCGGAAGUCGGUCGAAUGCCAAAGAUUGUUCCGUGGUGUGUCGAGCUCGAGAAACUGUCGACGAACCUUUCAGCCAGCGUCUUCUCGUAUAUUUGUAAACUACUUCUCAUCGAUUUCACAUUCGCAAUUUUGAUGCUCCACACCAAAGACGAUUGGUGCGCGAAAUGAAAGAAAACGAAAUUGCGUUGAUUUUCCAUGAAAAAUCAGAAUGAAAGGAACACUUUCUUUUUAAAUAUUAUAAUAAUUUGGACGUUGAAGACAAUUCAGAAGAAGCUUCAGCGGCAAAAGGAUACUCAAUAUGAAAAUUUCACCGAACAUUAAUAAAAACUGAUAUUAUUCUGAUUUAAAGUAGAUCCAAUUCAAUUUUUACAGGAAAUUCUUCGACGGUCCUUUUGCUUCUGACGCUCUCGAUUAUCCGUUAAAUGUUAGACGAAUUGAAACGCUUAAGAAAUAUAAUUUAUCUUACUAAACGUGCUUUAUUAUUUCUACAUUCUCCAAAGAAUAGAUUUACGUAAUUUAUGCUGUCUUUUUUCUGCGAACGUCAUCCAUUAUCUGUUUUAUUUUACCGGUGACUCAUGUUCGAUGCAUCAUUGAUGAUUAAGGAUUUUCUAUUUCGAUUUUCGCAUUCUGCUGAUGCAGCGCGGAGGAAAAACGCUAAAAGCGCUUGUAUUUUAUCGCAGACAAUCUCUCGAAAUUUUAAUAGAAUGGAAAAGAGGAAUAAAAUGGCAAGUAUAGCGCGCGACAGGUUCCUCGAUCGGCAAAGGACAAUGAAAAUGGGCAUUCAUGGAGCAUCCGUCACGGCAAGGUACAAACGUUGGCUAACGCUUUGUCGCUCAUCCGUCAACUCACCGUACUUAUCGAUAAGUCGCAUUAAAGGUAAUUUAGAUAAGCAUGCAUUGCGGAGCGUUAAUAAUUUCGUGCUGUCUCCAUAAAUCUCUUUGGUGCCGCGUCUCGCAGGUCAGAUCAGGUAGUUAGAGCAAGCUGGAUCGAAUAGUCUCAUUUCACGAUUAAAGGAUCGAUAAUAUUGAAUCUUGAAAAGUGAAUUGAUCGCUUUUAAUUGACAUCUCCAAUUGGGAUAAAAAUAAAAAUCAUUAAUUAUCCGAGGCUAUGAGCGAAGUAUUAAGUAAUGAAAAUGGAGACAGCAAAAGUGUCUCGGAAAAUGCGGAAAUAUUUAAGAGAAAACUUAAUCUUUUGAGUCCUAUCACGUUUUGCAGACUCCUUAUCUUGGCGUUAUUCCAGAGAUUAAAGGAUUCAGCAGGAUGAGAUAAGCAUGAACUUGUCUCGUUUCUGCAGUGAAUCCUUUUGUUUCCAGGCUGUUGAUCUCUGGCUUCGUAUCCACGUGCCAAAAUUUCCGUUGGGAGAAUGGAUUUGUAUUAUUAACGUGCCGCGUCGUGCAUAAUAAAACAGAACUAUUGCGAGAAGUAUACUGCGCUGUGUACAGUUCUCCACCACAGAUGAUUCGGUGUCAUCUGCGAGACGCUGCGAGAGGAACGGCCUCAUAUUGAGGUCACGUAUCACGAUUAACGAUCAACGAGAUUACGUUUGCGAGGUGAUUCCCACGAAGCCAUGAGAGAUCACAUCCGACACGCUUGCACAUAAAAUGCGAUCUGUGAUCUAUCAGUCUCCAAAUGAGCCUCGUGAGAGAUGAGCGAGAUCCGUCAUCAUUUUCGACAAAAGCGUGGCUUUUCUUCCAAAACGUUUCAUACUUCACACAAAAUAUCCUUCCGGAUAACAGGAAAUGUGCUCAAAUUUAUUCUACUGUCAUUAUCAUUAUUUUACAUAUCGAGACGCACGUUUGUCUCUAAAGUCCGAAAUCACGAGCACGUGUCUGGCAAAGAUGUGUUCAGGAUCCGUUCAGGACAUUCUGCGAGGGAUUCGUGGGAUCGCAGGUCGCAGUCUUCGCCAAUGUCACCGACGAGAGACACGCCUGUCGUGUAACAAACGAAUUAUAAUGCGAUGACUAACGUCCUCGCUGCGCGAACGCGAAAAAUAGCCCUUUUGCUUUCACUUGGGGAGCCUCGGAUCCGAGGCGGAACGAUCGGCGGCCGUUCUUCGUGCUCCUCGUCGUCAUUUCAUGUCACGUCACGACGACGACGGACGAGCUCGGAAACGCCGUCGUUUGAAACGCGUUGACAAAUCCGGCUCGAGUCGAAAAGACUCGACAUGGUGUCUCUUUUCUUCCUACGGACGUGUAAUAGAAUCGAUGGGUGGAAUUUUCGCGAAGGAGAAACGAGCACACAACGGAGAGCCCAGAGUCUCGCAUCAAGAUCUCCUUCGAGAGAGGGAGAGAGAUGAGGAAGAAAUAAAAAAAGAUAGAAGAUGGCUCGGAAUAGUAGAAGUAGUAGCUAAGCACCAAACCGCAUGCCUUAUACGCGAGGAUCCACGUGUCGACACCAUCCUGUAGGCGAUUUCCCGCCCGCUCCGUCGGAGAAAAUGGUGAAGCAUCUUCUUUCAGAGUUCGGAGACAGCAAGUCUUUCAUAUGAUGCACAUGUUGCAAGUAAUUUCCAUGAACGCGAGAGAAAUUCGCGGUGCACCGCCGUGAACUACGGGGAAAGUUUCCUCAAGUUUCCAGUCGAGGCAAAUUGAUUCUAUAAAUAAUAUAAUAUUGUUCUACAUGUAUCAUACGUUUCGUAUUGGCGACAAUAGAUAUCUAAUAUAUCAUAAAUCACUACAAGUGAUAAAUAUAUUGGUAAAAAAAGGAAUCUCGUUGCAUGAUGAUCGAUUACGAAGAUACUAUUACACGCACUUAGAUGCUUACUCUAUUUUGACACUUGUAAUCUCUUGCAAAUUAUGUUAACAAUUAGAAACAAAUUGGGAAUAUUGAAACUAUAAAUCUAGAAUCUCUCAUUAAUUGCAGCGGUAAUGAAAAUCUGGAUAGCUUUGAAAUUAAUUAUGCGUCGAAGAUGCAUUUCCCAUGUACCAAGGAAGGAUACGAUUGGCAUGACUCGACGCGGAAUUACUUCCGUUGGAAGGACUGAUGGUGUCGGAACGUGAAUCACAGGAUAUACCAGAUCCAUGUGUUACAAAGCGACCCGGCGAAGGUAGCUCCAAUUUGCGUGUCUCCGCUACGUACAUCGUGAUACACCGAACAACUCUUUGACAAUCCACAGCGAGGCUAAUCCCGGUACCGUGAAGCUUCUGCCGGAAGCAAGACUUGCGUUAUCGAAAAAUCGAGAGGAUUAGACACGAUUGUACCUCACGGCACGAAAAAUGAUUGCAAUUGACGCGUGUGCGUGCGUUACAACGAUGCAGCUUGGGGAGACGUUCGCGCGUCCUCGUUAUGUUACAUACUAUAAAUUUUGGAAUUCCAUGGAAUUUCAUAUACAUGUGCAUACACCCACACACGUACACAGAUACAUACAUACUUGUAUUCACCGUACGCAGACAUGUACACGGACACACGUUACAGACGUUCAAGAUAAGAAAGAAUCUAUAUAUAUAAAUAUAUAAUAUAUAUUGUAUUAUACGUGCUCUCGUAACUUAUCUCGCCUACAUUACCUAGAUUACGGUGUAACUCUCGUAAAAGUACGUAUGACGCACAUUAUAGCGCUACAGUAUUGUUUAACUGCGAUGUUUAACAGCCGAUGCAUCGAUCGGGCGCUCCUCCUCGCCGGUCAAAGCCGUCAAAUGAAAUUCUCUUCGUCGUCGAUGGAAGAAAAAGGCAUUCAGACUUUUUAGAAGGAACGUUAUGUAAAAAAAUUGCCACAUUCUUUAGGAGACAUUCACUGUAAAAAAAUCUGUUAUCGCGUUAUCUUAUUUUAUUAAUAUAUUAUUGUGUAACGUCCGGAAUUCCUUUUUCAUGCUCAACUAAACAAAUUAUGCCUACAUAGAAAAGCAUUUGUUUUGUAAAUUAAGAUGACUGGAAAAUUAAAAUGGCUCUUCAAGAUAAGUGAUGCUGGAAAGAACAAAUGUACAGCAGAUGGAUUGAGUUCGUAAUUCGCUCACAGAGCUUGCGGAAUUCUAGAUCUGCACCUUCGUUAUCCGCAAAUCUUUCGGGAGUAUGCUCUGUAUUUCGAAUGACGCGAGCAAAGACAUUCCGAAUUAAUCAGCAGGCUGAAUAACGGGACGAACAAGCGUCGCUGUUCGUAGAGUUAACUCGAAUCGUCGAGGAUCUAGUACAAAAUCGAUAGCUUUACUGUUACGAGCGGGCACGCGACUGACUCCGGCGACGCGAAAGAUCUGAAAAUCCGGCGGGAUCGAGCACCCCGACGCAUCGACACCAAUGCCGACGAAUACUGCCCCGAAUGAAUUUGUAAGCCGAAGUUAUUGGAAUCAUCCUCUCUUCGAGGAGACGGAUAUAUAAAUAUAUCGACAUUUUUAGACUAACCACGUGUAUUUAUUUGAACUCGACUCGAUGAGAAUCGAGCUAUUGUUACUAAUAAAUUUAUUAUGAUUGCA